AUGUCGUCCUCCCCUAACAUGCUAACCAAGUUUGAGUCUAAGUCCUCUCGGGCGAAAGGUCUUGCCUUCCAUCCCAAGAGACCAUGGAUCCUGGUCACCCUUCAUUCCUCGACCAUCCAACUUUGGGAUUAUCGCAUGGGCACUCUAAUUGAUAGAUUCGAAGAGCAUGAUGGUCCAGUCCGCGGCGUGGACUUCCACAAGACUCAACCUCUCUUUGUAUCCGGCGGUGACGAUUACAAGAUUAAGGUGUGGUCGUACCAAACAAGAAGAUGUCUGUUCACUCUUAACGGCCAUCUGGAUUACGUCCGUACUGUUUUCUUCCAUCACGAGCUCCCCUGGAUUAUCUCUUCCUCGGACGAUCAGACAAUUCGUAUCUGGAACUGGCAGAACCGCUCUCUGAUUUGCACCAUGACGGGACAUAACCACUACACCAUGUGCGCCCAAUUUCAUCCGAAGGAAGAUCUCGUCGUAUCUGCCUCACUCGAUCAGACUGUCCGCGUUUGGGACAUAUCUGGACUUCGAAAGAAACACUCCGCCCCCACAUCCAUGAGCUUCGAGAACCAGGUCGCUCGCUCAAACCAAAACCAAACUGACAUGUUCGGAAACACUGAUGCAGUCGUCAAAUUCGUUUUGGAAGGUCAUGACCGUGGUGUCAACUGGGUUGCUUUUCAUCCUCACAUGCCUCUCAUUGUUUCCGCUGGUGACGAUCGCCUGGUGAAGCUUUGGCGCAUGAGUGAAACUAAGGCCUGGGAGGUAGACACUUGUCGAGGGCAUUUUCAGAAUGCUGAAGGGUGUCUUUUCCAUCCACAUCAAGACUUGAUCCUAUCGACUGGCGGUGACAAGACUAUUCGAGUUUGGGAUCUCAACAAGCGAACGGCAGUUCAGACGUUUAAACGCGAAAACGACAGGUUCUGGGUCAUUGCUGCACACCCUGAAAUCAAUCUGUUUGCCGCCGGUCAUGACAAUGGUGUUAUGGUGUUUAAAUUGGAGCGUGAGCGACCUGCCUCAGCUGUUAAUCAGAACACGCUCUUUUUCCUUAGCAAGGAGAAACUCGUCAAAUCCUACGAUUUCCAGAAGAAUAUCGAGAGCCCGACUCUGUUGUCGCUAAAAAAACUGGGCAGCGCGUGGGUUGCCCCCCGAACAUUGUCCUACAACCCGGCUGAGAGAUCUGUUCUUGUGACAACCCCCGCUGACGAAGGCUCAUAUGAGCUCGUUAAUCUCCCGGAGGAGGGCAGUGGCAAUGUUGAGCCCACUGAAUCCAAACGUGGUCCCGGAAACUCGGCUAUCUUUGUGGCCCGAAACCGAUUUGCUGUUUUCAAUCUCUCUACUCAGGCUAUCGAUAUCAAGGACCUGUCAAACAACACCACGCACUCGUUCAAAGCGCCAGCUGGCACCACUGAUAUAUAUUUUGGGGGUACAGGCAAUUUGCUCAUCAUCACUGCUACUGCUGUCCAUCUCUAUGACAUUCAACAAAAUACGAGUACAGCCGAGCUCGCAGUCAACGGCGUGAAGUACGUGGUUUGGUCCAAUGAUGGCCUCUACGCUGCUCUCCUUAGCAAGCACAACGUCACCAUUGUCACCAAGACGCUUGAGCAAGUGAGCACGCUCCAUGAGACAAUUAGAAUCAAGAGCGCAACUUGGGAUGACGCUGGUGUCCUUCUGUACUCCACCCUCAACCACGUGAAGUACACCCUGCUCAACGGCGAUAACGGCAUUGUCAGGACACUGGACCAGACUGUAUACCUUGUCCGGGUUAAGGGACGCAAUGUUUACUGCCUGGAUAGGUCCGCAAAACCGCGCAUCCUCCAAAUUGACCCCACGGAGUACCGAUUUAAGCUCGCGGUCGUCAAGCGCAACUAUGAGGAGAUGCUCCACAUCAUCCGCAAUUCUAGUCUUGUCGGCCAAUCCAUCAUAUCAUAUCUACAAAAGAAGGGCUACCCUGAUAUUGCUCUCCAGUUUGUUCAGGAUCCUACAACCAGAUUUGAUCUCGCCAUUGAAUGCGGCAACUUGGACGUUGCGGUAGAGAUGGCCAAGGAACUCGACAAGCCAAAAUUUUGGAACAGACUCAGCGCUGAAGCUUUGUCUCAUGGCAAUCACCAAAUUGUUGAGAUGUGUUACCAGAAAUUGAAGCAGUUUGACAAGCUGUCCUUCCUCUACUUGGCAACUGGUGACCACUCCAAGCUUGCCCGUAUGGCUAAGAUUGCUGAGCACCGCGGCGACUUUACUGCUCGGUUCCACAAUGCUCUGUUUCUAGGUGAUGUGGAGGAUCGCAUCCAGAUGUUCAAGGAAAUUAACCUUUACCCCCUGGCAUAUAUGACCGCCAAAUCCCACGGGUUGGAUGAUGAAUGUCAGGCCAUUUUGGACGCGACUGGAAUUACGGAAGAACAGCUCACCAUGCCUGCUCUUGGCAAACCCUUUGUCCCCCCAAAGCCCAUUGUGCCGACCUUCCAGCAAAACUGGCCUACAAAGGCCACAUCUCAGUCAUUCUUCGAAAAGGCCCUUCUCGGACAAGUGGAAGAUCUUUCACUCGAAGAUAAUACUGAUGCUGCGGUAGGAUUCGAUGCAUAG